AGUUUGGAGACAUUCUCAUCCCUCCUCCUUCUGACUCUUUCAUGUGUAUAUGUAGAGAGACGCUUACUGUUGCUGGUUUGUUUGAUUUGACUUCUAACCAAGCUGGUCAUGGACUUCUCACAGUCUUUCUCGAUGCUCAAUGAGCAGCUGAGACCUCGAAACACCACCAGUCAGCAGCUCUACUCCUCUCUGAACAGACUGGAGGAUAAACAAUGGAGCUCGCUAAGGAGUCAGACUUCUUCCUACAGAUCUACAAUCCUCCCAACAGAUCCAAAAUCCUCUGACACAGCAGAACCAGAAGAUCCAAGGGAACAUGAAGAGGCUGUAGAUCUGGAGGAUUUCUCCUCUGGGGACCUUGAUGAAACAGACAGUGGUGGUCUGAGUCUCUUCAACAACUCCCAGCUCCUCACUGAUCUGAAUCUAAAAGAUGAAGAUGAUCUGCCUGACACGGACAGCAGCAGCACCUCGCCGUCCGAAGAGAAGGACAUUCCAGGUGAGCUGGCCUUGAAGGUGGCGAGCGAGUCCACAGAGUCAGUAGACAGAGAGAGUGAGAGGAGCUCCCUGCAGAGAAGCUACAUCGAUGGGACUUUACCAGACCUGAUCAGGAGUGGGAGGCCACUGGGGAGACGCCGGACACUGGGACACAGUCCAGUCUCAGACACGCUGAAAGAAGUGCGCAGAGAAGUGGAGCUGUCCCGGAGACGGAGCAUCAAGCUGAAGGCUCAGGUGGACAAACUGCAGGAGAGCAGAGAAGGACCUGGAUGGAGUCAACACAGAGAGAGGGUCACAGAGGAAGUCAUGUCCAUUCUGCGGCUCCUGCACCCUCUCACCGAGUCCGAGUCCAGCCUGCCUAAUCCCUCCAGUGGACAAAACCAGCUGGACCAUGCCCUGGGCCAGCUGCAGAAUGUGGCCCGCAAACUGGCAAUUAGCCACACCGCACAGUCACCCUCUAGAAAAGGAGCAGAGGACAGUGCUCUCCUCCAGCAGGCUCUGCGGGACAGAGACGAGGCCAUAGAGAAGAAGAAGGCCAUGGAGGAAGAGCUGCUGCGGAGCAAAACAGAGAUGAUGAUGCUGAAUAACCAGGUCCUGGAAGCCGUGCAGAAACGUCUGGAGAUGUCUCUGGAGUUGGAGGCCUGGAAGGAGGACGUUCAGCUGAUGCUCCACCAGCAGUUGCAGAUGCAGCAGCAGGCAGAGCAAGCCCAGAAGAAGCCCUCUCGCCUGGGUCUCCUCAGGAGAACCAACAAGCAGCCUAUUCAGCGGCCCGCCACCUACUCCAAGGCUACAGCUGUGCCUCCCAUAACCAUCCCCAACCAAAUCUACAUCUCCAAAUCUGCUGCCUCCACUCCCAGCACGUCUCCUACCCAACGCACCUGGAGGGACAGGCUGAGGAGGGGCAAGAGCAGCCGUCCAGGAGACCAGGAUGCAUCAGGGCAGGAUUCAGAUACAGGAAAGGGCGAUGACUUUGAGGUUGUGUCACUAGAUUGAAGCGGUGAUAACCUUAAAAUGAGUGCCUUAAUAGUCUUGCCAUUUGAAGACCCUCUCCUCUUAAAAAUGUGUUCUGCUUGUUGUAAAUUAGUUGGAGUUUAAGGCGUGUAUGCAAACAUAUGUACAGGGUACUUGUAUAGCUGUCACAUCUCAAAUGAACAAUAACACACCAAAGCAUUUAGGAUUUCUCUCUGAGGGAGAACAUGAAGUGUAUGCUUUUUAACAUGAUUAAGCUCUUUGUACAAAUCAGACACAAUAAUCAUUCCAGGCAGGUUGUUUGUAUGACUUAUGCAUGUCAGAGAGGGUCUUCAUGAAGUUGGGAUGACAUCCUUUUAAUCUUUGACUGUCAUUACUGUAACAUAUAUGACUGUAAUUACGAACGAGCCAUGUGAUAUUUAAUAUUUGUCUUUCUGUAAAUAAACUCCUAACGCUAACGCUCCUUCAAAUCUC